UUAACGUCUUUAAAUUCGUUAGUCUGGAAAUUAACAUUCAACAAAAAGGAACGCUUUCUCAUAUUUGAACUUAAACAUGGGCUCAUCUAAUAGUACAGCUUUCAUACUGAUACUGGUAUGGACUAUCGUCCUUUCUUCCUAUGCUGCAGCUGAAGUUGCCAUAACUUCGUCACUAGAACUAAAGGCAAAGGCUCUACUUGAGAGUGGUUGGUGGAGUACCUACAGCAACGAUACUUCGCAGCGUUGCAACUGGGCAGGUAUCUCAUGCAAUGACGCUGGUAGCGUCACCAAAAUUUACCCACCUUCUGAUGUUGGCGCUGAUAAAUUUGGAAAUAUGAACUUCUACUUUCCGAACCUUGUUUUUCUCAGUCUUAGUGGUCAAGAAGUCUUCGGGAGCAUGAAUGACGAUGGGGUCAUUAUCUCCAAAAUAGGCCAUCUAUCAACAUUAGUGCACCUCGACUUGUCCAACAAUAGUUUAUUUGGUGAGUUAUCUCCUCAGCUUGGCAAUCUCUCCAAAUUAGAGUUUCUUGAUCUUUCAUAUAACAGAUAUAUUAAGGGUUCCCUCCCUUUGGAGCUAUGGAAUUUGAAGAAUCUCGCCAUUUUAAAUUUGACUGGGAACCAAAUUGAACAACUGUUUCCGCCAUCUUUUCUUCUAUUGAACAACAAUCUUACCCACCUGCACAUGAGCUCAAAUCAAUUAAACCAUUCCAUUCCCCCAGAAUUGGGGGAUUUGGAGGCUUUAAUGACUCUGUCUCUUUAUGGAAACCAUAUCAAUGGAUCCAUCCCGGUAGAGAUUGGGAAGUUAAAGAAUUUGGUGACUCUAGAUCUGUCCGGUAAUAGGCUUGUCGGUUCAAUUCCUUCUCUUGGUCAGUUAACCAAUUUAGUGACCCUGAAUGUGUCCAAUAACAUGCUUGAUGGCUCCAUUUCUUCCAUUCUUGGUUCAUUAAUCAAUUUGCUGGAAGAGUUGCUUCUUAGCUUCAACGAAAUCGACGGGUCUAUACCUUCAAAAAUUGGAGAUUUGCAGACUUUGCGUGUUUUGUCCCUUAAUUCAAAACUUUUAGCAGGUGCAAUACCGGAGGAAAUUGGGAACUUGAAAGCAUUGACUUUGUUGGACUUGUCUCAAAACCAGUUGAGUGGAUCCAUUCCUCCCCAAAUUGGUAAUUGCCUGGAUUUAGAAGAGUUAAAGCUAAGCAGCAACUAUUUACAAGGUCCCAUUCCUGAUCAAAUUGGAAACCUUUCUUCUCUACGUCUAGUAGAUCUCACAAACAAUGAUCUCUCAGGAGUUAUUCCCUAUAGUCCUCGUUGGUUAACAAAUAGUAAUUACUUCAACUCUAACUGUUACGAAAUUGAUGCCAAUGCAUUUGGUGGCAACAAAAAUUUAGCACCCUACUCAUGUUCUCCACCACCCCAUUCUUCAAUGAAGAAGAGUCACAAUCUCCAACUCCAAAUAUUUCUUCCCGUUUCCGUUUUAAUUGCUGUUUGUAUUUUUGGGUGUUCAUUAUUGUUGAGGUAUAAGGCCGAGGUCAACCCAAUUACAGUGCAAACACCUAAGAAUGGAGAUCUGUUCUCGAUAUGGAACUAUGAUGGAAAGUUAGCAUAUGAAGACAUCAUAGCAGCAACAAAUGAUUUUGACAUCCGAUACUGCAUUGGAACUGGUGGUUAUGGAAGUGUUUACAGAGCACAGUUACCUAGUGGCAAAGUGGUGGCCUUAAAGAAGCUUCAUCGUCUUGAAGCAGAAGAACCGGAUUUCGAUAGGAGUUUCAAAAAUGAGAUAAAAUUUUUGACAGAAAUUCGACAUCGGAAUAUUGUGAAGCUACAUGAUUAUUGUCUACACAAAAGAUGCAUGUUUUUGAUUUACCAAUACAUGGAAAGAGGCAGCUUGUUUUGCGUCUUAAGUGAUGAUGGUGAAGCUGUGGAAUUGGAUUGGACCAAAAGAGUUAACAUCAUCAAGAGCACAGCUUAUGCUUUGUCUUACUUGCAUUAUGAAUGCACACCAAUAAUAGUUCACAGAGACAUAUCAAGUAACAACAUUCUUUUAAACUCAUACUUGGAGGCUUUUGUCUCUGACUUGGGCACUGCUAGAAUCCUAGACCCUGAUUCUUCAAAUAUAACCAGACUUGUUGGCAAUUGUGGCUGUGUAGCUCCAGAACUUGCCUAUACAAUGGUUGUAACAGAAAAAUGUAAUGUUUUUAGCUUUGGUGUUCUGGCAUUGGAAACAUUGAUGGGAAAACAUCCUGGACAACUUUUAUCAAUGGUGUCAAAACCAUCAUCUUUGCAAAAUAUAAUGCUAUCCGAUGUAUUAGAUCCACGUCUCUCACCUCCAACAAGCCAGAUGGUCGCGCAGAAUAUUGUUCAUGUUGCUACAAUAGCAUUAGCAUGUGUCCAUACCGAUCCAAAAUUCCGGCCAACGAUGAAACAGGUCACCCGAGAGUUUCUUUCUUGUCAAAGAUCAUUAAGGAACCCCCUUCGAACAAUCUCUUUGCUGCAACUGGUGAACGGUGAGAUGUGCGAGGAAGGUGCAUGA